GAAUGACAGAAAAGUAAGUCAUAGUUCUUUGGAACAAAGUUCCCGUUGGUUAACAUGGAAAAACAGCCCACACAAUUCCAUUUGACAUAUUUUAGGUUUAUUCGACGAUAUUUUUCUGCAAUUGGCUUGGUGACAGAUAAGCUCUAAGGUGUACUUUGCUUCUCGACAUACCCGUAUAUUUAUUUGAUAUCAUCUAAAUAUUAUAUGAUAUUUAUUAUAUAUACAGGGUUAUGUAUGUAAACCUUUCAAGGAGAUUUAAUGGACUAAUUGGUGGAAGGGUGCGUCCUCAUCAUGAUAUAUAUAUUUUUGAAAUACUGCAAUUAUUAUGAUGCAUGUAUUCCUAAUGCAUUUUUAAAAAUCUCUGGAAGAAAUUUGGCGGAGGUCCAUCUUGGGUUUUUGACCUCUAUAUUUGUUAAUCAGUGGGCAGAAUGACAAAGCCUGCUGUAAGAGGCAGCAGCAGCCGGGCGAGCUGCUGAUAUGAACACACGAAGAAGACAAAGAUCCUGGCUUUUAUGGCAAAUGCGAUACGGCAGAGCGACCGCAAUCAAAAGGCAGGAUAGUCUGCUUAAAAAGAUGGAGUGAGCAAAUAGAUGAGAGGGAAGGAAUCUGUGUCAAUAACACAAUCUGGCCAGUCACUUUUUUAGUCGUUGGUCAUCAACUGUGUCUUCCCUGUUGCGUAAUACCUUUAUUUUAGUUGUAUUCUUUUUUUUCCAUAGGCAGCACCAUUUUUAUUGUUUUGUUCCAAGAGACACUUUUCUGUCUCUCGCUUCUUACAUAAGUCCAAGCCUUAUUUUUUUUACUUGAGAUGACUUCUUUUCAAUUGACUGACUGUUGCACACCCUCCGAGCCAGCCAGCCAGGCAGCCAGGCAGCCACCCACCUCCUGUCUUGCCGGAGUACGGUAUUGAUAGGCGGGCGCUGCGGCUAUUAAUAGCAGCACGAAAUGAAUGGAUGGAACUGAGGGAAUAUAAAGGAGAGAGGCAAAGAGGGAACAAUGACAGUGAUGGCUUGGGUGAUGUGGAGCAUAUUAAUGUCGACUCUCUGGGCUCAGUGACAACAUUCAUGCUAAUUGAGUUGCAAGUAAUUGGACUCCCGCCCUUAUUGGAAAGCUUUAAGUGUCAAUAAUUGCAGUUUGUCGAGAUUUUGUUUAAAGCCUGGUGAAUGGAUUCAUAUACUAUUGGAUUAGUAAUUAAUUCAAUAAUGAAUUGAUUUAUUGAGUAGGUCUUGGCCUAUGGCUUGCGACCUUGAUAUCGUAUCAUUUUCAGCGUUGCAUUACUUACAAUUACAUUCAUCACAGUCAGAAAUGCACACAUGCCCGUACGUACGCACACACACACGCGUCCUCAGGGCAUCUGAGACAUUUACAAAUAACUCUGAGCUGGCGCAGCACUAUAUUUGCAGUUGGGUUUGGUGUUUGCCGGUGACAUUUUAACAACCUUUUCGUUUCCCUCAAGCCCAACAAGCCCAAGGUGUGCUACUACGCUUGAACCUCCAUUUGAAAUAGCUUGGCCAGCUAUUUCCAGGCCUGUAUUUUCCAAAGCCCAGCGACACACACACACACACAGCAGCCAGUCUGUUAAGAGGUCAGCACCUCUUUGUGACAUCAACAGUUUCACCGUAGGUUCACUAGUCUCUAAAAAAGAAACGAUACCUUCUAAAACCAGAGUGAGUCGUUUACAGUAUUGGUCUAUUCUCAAAGCCCUCCGGCUCCUAUUCACAUAUCCAUUGCACGGAGCAGUGGGCACCAGAAAAGUAUUUUUGUAAACAAACUGGAGUAUGUAAGCAAGUGGAAAUUAAAUAUACUGUGUAUAUAUAAAGAAAAAGAAAACCAUCCCCGCGGUAGAUGUAUAUCUCGUAAGGGUUUGUAAAAUAUCACACAGUGCACGUGCGAGUCUGCGUGUGUGUGUUGCCAUCGCCUUCUAGCCAUCCUGACACUGAUAUGACAGCUCGGAUUAAGGAGAUCCAGCCUAGAGCAUCUUCUCUGGUCUCAGCGUUUCUGUGUCACAUUGCCUGCUGACUGUAGCCCGACUGUACAAUUGAUCUUCUCAAAACAAUGUUGGACCAGCUUUAAAAUCAAAUCAAAUCAAAUCAAAAACAUUGACCACGGCAUGGUUUUGUCAUGACUUUAAAAAAAGACAAACGUCUACUAAAUUAUUGCUGAGCCUUAGCAGACAAAUGAAAUGCAAAUAUUCAGUCCACUCCUGUGUUUGUCGGAUUAAAUAUUUACAGCUAACCUCUACGUAUGAAUAAGAGAUGCAUCAUGACCUACAUGCAGCAAGGACAAGUGUGAGAGAAUAAUAAGUAUACGUAUCAGAACCUGAGUGGUCUGACAGGUCUUUAGCCGUGAGAUGAAAUGGAAAGUGAUAGAUGGUCAUUCCAGCAGGCAGCCUUAACAUUUUCCGCUUUUCUACACUUUUACUCCAGCACAACCUAGACAGUACAUUAAGACUCCAACAACGGACUGAUCCCACUUUUUUAUUUUUUUUUUAAAAUAAUAGUUCAUGUUACUUAAAUGUUUUUGCGGAUAUCUCUUAGUGUUUGUCUAUUCAAAAGUGAGUUUUUAGAUGACCUGCACAAUCUAGUCAUGUUUUCAUAAGAGCGAGUAGUGAAAUGCAAAUUUGAUCUCGGGGCGGAGCACGAUUGAAUUGUGGGAAGCAUUCACCUUUGUUUCCAAGUGGCCCCGCGGGCUCACUUUGGUCGAAGAAUGAAUAAUUAACAGUUGCCUUCUGGUGGUGUUUUUCAUCAGUGUCCACUGAGCUGAGCUGAGCUGAGCUGAGCUCGCCAUUGACUGAGUAACAGCUGUUGCAUUUCUAGCUGACUUACAUUUCUAUCGGCCUUUUUUUUUUUUUAUGGUGCAUAAUCCAUCCAUUGAAUAUGACACCGUGUUCAUCGAAUCGCUUAGUAUUUGUUUUUUUAUUAGCUGGUUGAAAAAUGUUACGUAUUAUAGUGUCAGAGUGUAAUUGCAUCAACGUUUACAUAAAAUGUUUGCUUUGAGUCACAGUCUCUUUUCCUGUACUUAGAAAAAAGACAGACUGUAUGUGGGAUGCAAAGGACAGCUAUAUGGAACCAAGAGGGAAAGUGAAAAAUGGAGAGCCUGAGGUUUCUGCUUAAUAUCCAAUAGUUCCACUUACUGUACGUGCUUGUACCACUGGGAAAAGUCGUCGUGAUUGGUUCGGAGCCUCAGGUGAAGAAGGGAGUAGAGUCGUCCAACGGUGAGCAGGCUGAGAGAGAGAGCGAGGAAGAGGGGGAGGGCGGCCGGGCGGGUGUGUGUGUAAAGAGAGAGACUGAGUGUGCGAGCUCCAAAGACUAUGUAGAGAGGGAGGGAGGGAGGGAAGUGUAAGCCAGUCACAGCAUCUCUCCUUCUUACUGCACCAGGGCUGAGGGACUCUUGGUCCCAUUGUUUUGCUUGCUGCAGAAUUAGCACACUUCCAUUUGUCUAGUCAUCUUUUUUUUUUUUUUUCAUAUAUUCUGCAUUUAGGAUCAUUUUUUUGUCUUUGUGCCUGCUACACAGGAUUGACCCAAAUGGCUUAUCAUGCUCCGGAAUUACAUUUCGCAGAGGACAGUGGUUAAAACUGGGACUCCUUUUGUUUUUUUUUGGUUUUUAAUGCUACUGUAACGGAUUUCCCUUUUGUUGCGCAGCAAGUUUUUUUUUUUUUUUUUUUUUUUUUUUUUCCCCCCUAUGGGCGGCACACAUACAGAGAGAAGAGUUAAAGGCAAAGCUCGACAGGACCUUCUACAAAAGAAUGAAUGCUUUAAAAGACAAGUUGCAAAAGAAAAUGGGCUGAAGCCUCCAUUUCACAUGCUUCCGAAUCCCAAGAGAAGAAUGCAAGAGAGGUGAAAAAAGUGCUUGUCGGAUUGGACCGGCGGAUUGCUGAGGAGUCAAAGUGAGUGGAGCGCUGAGUUAUUCAGCUGGCCUCUCAUAGCUCCUAGAGAGUCCUUCCUUCCUUCCUUUCGUUCUUUCUUUCACCUGCCUGCACGGGAGUCGGAUAUUUCACGCCUUCAUCGGACUCUACCACCAUUUCAUGCACCUGUUGUCUUCAAAAUACUUUGAGAGGACAUUUUCUACUCUUGGUGUUAUGCACACAAUCAUUUUUUUUUUUUUUGUCAAAAGACGUUGUACAGUGGAUUUUUUUUUUUUUUCUUUCCCGCACACGGAUGCCUCGCUACGCUCAACAACACUGCUGAGAGAAUUGUGACAUUAUCUUGUGUGGAUAUCCCGCUGUUUUUUUUAGCCCGUGUCUGUGUUUUGACUCUCACAAUGGUUAGGCACACAUGAGCUCCAGACAAUGCCGAGGACCACCAAAAUAAGGGAAGCUUGCAAACACAGCAACCCCAUAAAACAGUCAAACUGUGAUGUCACUUCCACUUUUUUCUUUUUAGGAAAUGGGUGCCAAAUUAGCCAAUAACCUUUUUUUUUUUUCUUCCCCUGGGAAUCUGCCCAACAUUUUUAAUACACUGAGCACUGAGGUUCCUUUACUCGCUCACAACCUCUUUUCAUCUGUCUCUUUGUGAAAACAGCUUAUGUCCUCAGCCUUUUGGUGUUAGCUCUUUUAAAAUGGGCGAUAAAGGCCACACGCUGGCAAGCAAAGCAGCAUGAACCUCACCUUUACGACAGAUGCUCACUUCAGCCAUAAUUCCACACGGCUUUUUUCUCUCCCCCCCCCCCCCCCUCUCGCUACCUCCCUUUUUCAUAAACCAUGUGGAAAAGAAGGGCCUCGUCCUAUCCCCGCCAAAGCCCGAGCGAUUUUUUUCUCCCGUCACGUUUCCCUUGAUUGAGACUCAUCAAUGUGAAAGUCAGGUGAAAGGCAGUAAGGGUAGCGCAUUAAGCUCUAUUAAGUAAAGGUGGGACCUGGAACAGUGGGAGGGGAGGAGGCAAUUUGUGGAAAUUGCACCCGGAAGCCGUCUCCCGAGGACACAGCCGGAACAAUGAAUCUGUCUGACAUGACCACCGAUCCCAUGCUCGCACCCAACGGCAGCCACGUCUUUUCUGGCUCGGCUUCGAACCACUCGUGUCCCUUGGGCUGGGCCUUCAAGAAAGGUCUAGAGGCUUGCAUCCUGGAGACGGCUGUUGUGGUACUCCUGACCGUUCUCAUUAUCGUGGGCAACUUGACGGUGAUCUUCGUAUUCCACUGCGCCCCGCUGCUCCAUCACUACAACACCAGCUAUUUCAUCCAGACCAUGGCCUACGCCGAUCUACUGGUUGGUCUCAGCUGCCUGGUGCCCACUUUGUCUUUGCUCCACUACCCUGCAAGCGGCCAGGAGCCCAUCACCUGUCAGGUUUUCAGCUAUGUCAUCUCGGUUCUCAAAAGUGUUUCCAUGGCUUGUUUGGCCUGUAUCAGCGUGGACCGCUACCUGGCCAUCACACAACCGCUAUCUUAUAACCAACUGGUGACGCCGUGUCGACUGAGGGCCUGCAUCACCAUCAUCUGGGUUUACUCCAGCUUGGUCUUCUUGCCUUCUUUCUUCGGCUGGGGCAAGCCGGGCUACCACGGGGACAUUUUCGAGUGGUGCGCCCAGUCUUGGCCCACCUCAGCCCUCUUUACAGGCUUCGUGGUGUGCUCGCUGUACGCACCUGCCACUCUCGUGGUGUGUUUCACCUACUACCACAUCUUUCGCAUUUGCCAGCAGCACAACAGGGACAUCAGUGAACGCCGGGCGCGGUUUCCCACCCAAGACAUGGAUACGGCGGACGGGGACAAGGACGGGCAUCAAGGAGGCCACGGACCGGAUCGGCGCUACGCCAUGGUGCUCUUCCGCAUCACCAGCGUGUUCUAUAUGCUCUGGCUCCCCUACAUCAUCUACUUUGUGUUGGAAAGCUCCCAUGUCCUGGACAGCCCGGCUUUUUCCUUCAUUACCACUUGGCUAGCAAUUAGCAACAGUUUUUGCAACUGUGUCAUCUACAGCUUGUCCAACAGCGUGUUCCGCUUGGGCAUGCGUCGCCUCUCGCAGACCAUUUGCUCCUUCAGUCACUGUGGUGCCGCUGAUGAUCGAGACUUUGGGAAGCCUAAACCACGGAAAAGGGCAAACUCUUGCUCCAUCUGACCGAGUGGCUUAGGAGACUCAUUGACGACAUACACUGAAUUGAAAUGUUAAAAAAAACAAGAAAAUAAUUGAUGUUGAUACUUUUUGAACUUGAAUUCAAUUGAUUCAACAUUGAGCCUGUACAUGUCACUGUUAUGUUUCUGUGUAAAUUUCAAUAUUUAUAAUUGAGCGAGAUCGAGCGAGGUUGUUCAUUGGUAUUGAUUUGUUGACAACCAUAGUGCCGUUUUUUAAAAUUGUCACCAUAGUACGGGCAAAUUUUUGAAACAUAUCUACUUCAUUUAGUGAUAUUGACGUUUACAGUCAAGUAUAGCUGAAAUUAGCUUUUUUUUUUAGCUUUGUUUGGGGGAAAAAAAAGACAUUUCAAAAUGUUGCCGUCGCUACAUUGUUUUGACACAGCUAAUUAAAUAUUGAAACUUACAAUGAGGUUUUGCAGAGCUGCUUUUAACUCAUCACGACAUCUGCCACAGACUUUGAGCCAAUGAGCCAAAACCUCUGAAAUGUCUUUAGGAAAAAAAAUAAUAAUAAUAGUGAAGCCAUUUCCAAAGCACAAACAAGCUGUAGUAAGUUCAACGUUGUCAAGAUUUAAAGAUGGCGCCAAUCCCUUCCACCGCAAGUAGAGUUGUGUGCAAUUCAUACUUCAUUAAGUCACCUUUAUGGAGCACAAUUAACGUAAAUAUUUGAACUUAUUUUUGUUAGCUGGGCAUCAUAAAUCUGUUUAUUAAAAUGCUAACAUUUUCCCCAUUCGACCCCUUCACUUUCGUUACUUUAUAUCGACGAGACCAAAAAAGAGGGUGUGCCGUUUCUCAGUAAUGUGUUACGCCGCGAAACUUAAGACGCCAUGACAAUACUGUUAACUUCAUACUGACAUAGUGAGAUGUCAUAUUUUUACUGAUUCAUUUGCAAUUAACUCAUUCACUGCCAAGCCAGUUCAUAUCGUUGACAUCUAUAAACCGUCAAUGGCACGGAAUGAGUUAACGGCGUAGUAUAGUUUGAAAAUUUGAAAUAAUAGAAUAAUAAUAAUAGGUAGCGAUGUACCCAAAUAGUUCAGCCCAUGAAAUAGAUGGCUGAACGGCCGGGCAGCAUUGCCUUCAAAAGAAAAGCUAUUCAUUUAAAAAAUGGUGAAAAGCCUUUUUAGCCAAGGAGUUCUAAUUACUCCAGUUCUUUUAUCUCAGUUGUUCUUAAAGUGUCUGAUGUCUGAAUGGUGUCUUUCAAAUGAUAACGUGUGGCAACAUGGCAUCGAAAUGCCCGAUAGCAGUUGACUCGAUGUGCUCAAUGGUCUUCUGCUCUCUUCAUUGGACAAAAUGCCCCCAGUGGUAGUGCUACGGAAUAGAUAGAUGGGGCCUGAAAUUAUUUUCAUAUACAGGUAGUUAUGGCAACAACACAGAAAAACAUUUAAGACUUAGUCGUACCCAAAUAUGAUAAAAUUUGAAAUGUGAUUGCGGUCAGAGGUUUCGCAAAUGAUUCUUUUUUGGGUGUGACUUUUAGAAUUGUGAAUUUGUGUGUUAGACUCACCGUUUGAAACAUUCAGGAGACAUUGAAUGCUAAAGCUAAAUCAAUGUCUGUAUCUUAAAACAAAAUUUGAAUUCAAAAUAAUCGCCAGUGCAGUAAUUUAUUUUUAUUUUUGAUGAUGUUAAAUAUUUAUCUCAUGAAAAUAAUGUAUCAACCUUCACACUGUAAAUGACUAUACUAUAAUAUUGUGUGUGUGUGUGUAUUACAAACUUGUUGUACAGUAAAACAAUUACAUAUACCGAUUGUGUUAAAUGAAUAGGCUUCUAAUGUUUUGAUUAGAGGAAGCAGUGUGAUGUUAGCACAGUAUCUAUUUUUUUAAUUUGGGACAUUUUGCCAAAGGCCUCAGUUUUGCUGUUGCUGCCAACCAAAUAAAGGCGACAAUAACAAUAAAGUCACAUUUGAUUAUUGUCUGCUUAGGUCAUUCAGAAAAACAAUACUAAUACAGUGCAGAUAUCCCAAAGUCAAAAAUGCUCUUUGUCUAAAAGCAGAUUUGAAAUAUCAUUGUAAAAAUAAAAAUAAAGUGAUUAAAGGCGGCAGAAAAGUUUUCUAAAGUUGUCACAACGGCUUAGCGCUGACCACUCUCCUCAAGUCGUACUGAUGAAUUCGAUGAUUAUGAUUCGACGUUUUCACAAAAUGCAGCUGCACAUAGAAGAAUAAAGUAAGAAAUAAAAACAUUCUUUAUUCAAAAAAUAUUCAAUGUACAUAAAGCUAUAAAAAAAAUCUCCAGUUUAAGACACCAAAUUCAUUUAUUCAAGUUGUUUGAAGGAUUCUCUUUUAUCUGGUGGUAUGUUGGGCUCCUUCCCCAAAAAAAAAAAACAUUUUCUCGCUCCAAGUUGUCUGCCAAAGCAACAGCAGCUUCCAAGCUGAGGCCCCCCCUGCCUCCCUCCCUCCCUCUCAGACCUCCAUCCACUAUAUAAGGAAUUCCC